AUGGCAAAUAAAAAGGGGCAGCAGGUUAGUAUUUGGGAUGAUUUGAAAUGGUUCAAGUUGGCACUGAUCACCUUUAAGACGCACAGAUUCUCCAUUUUGGACAGGCCGAACCGCACCCUUGAAUCAAUCACCUUCGAAAAUCUAUGGUCAGAACACGGUGGUGGGAGCUUCAUACUCCCAUGCCAAUAUGCUACACACAGGAUAUUUACUGAUGAUUCAAAUACUCUCAGAAGUUCCUCAAAUCCUCCUAGGACACCUCCAAAACCCUCUGCUGCCAAUGUACCAUCGCGUUUGACACACCGACCUGACAAUAUCGCAUCAUCCCCUCGUGAACCCUAUGCCCUCAUGACUCAAGGAGUGGAUGAAUGGAGCCGGGACCCUACUGAAGAUGAUGAAGAUGACGAUGAUGAGAUUGUGUAUGACGACGACGAAGACGAAUUUGGAUUGCCAAGUUUGGCCAGUAUGCGAAGAAAAAAAGCAGCCUCGUCAAUAAAAUCAAAGAAUUAUGACCUUGAUGGAUCGAUAGGAAAUCCCUCAUCUUUGGGAUACGGGUUAACAACAAACAACCGACAACGGGCAAACAGCUCAGACAUUGCUGAAGAACGCGGUACACCCAUGUACCCAACAGCACGUAAAGGCGAAGGCAAAAUUCUCCGGCCUCAGUACAAAGAUAUACUGCAAGAUCCGGCAAAUGCUUUGAAUCUCAUCAACCACUCUGCGUCGCCCAUUAAUGCGUCUCCCAAGGAGAAGGAAAUACAUUCCAGCCGAAUUUCGCGCAUCAACAAGUUCAAGCGAAUUCUACAGUCAAGUACAGUAUCUCUGACAGCAUUGCGAGAUUUGGCAUGGUCUGGAGUUCCCGAGGAAGUUCGACCAAUGACUUGGCAACUCCUGCUUGGCUACCUUCCUACGAACAGUGAACGACGUAUAUCUACUCUGGAGCGAAAGCGCAAGGAGUACCUCGAUGGAGUUCGCCAGGCAUUUGAAAGAAACAGUGGGGCCUCCAAUCCUCCUGAUACAAGUUCUGCGCGUGCGCGUGGACGUGGUCUGGACGAAGCAGUCUGGCAUCAAAUUAGCAUUGAUGUUCCUCGUACGAGUCCACACAUCCCUCUGUAUGGUUAUGAGGCCACCCAGCGGUCCUUAGAGCGAAUUCUUUACGUGUGGGCCAUUAGGCACCCAGCAAGUGGCUAUGUGCAAGGCAUUAAUGACCUAGUCACCCCAUUUUGGCAAGUAUUCUUGGGAGUGUAUAUUACCGAUCUAAAUGUCGAGUCGGGUAUGGACCCCGGCCAAUUACCUCGAAGUGUGCUUGAUGCAGUGGAAGCUGAUACCUUUUGGUGUCUGACCAAGCUCCUUGACGGCAUUCAAGACAACUACAUCUACGCUCAGCCAGGAAUCCACAGGCAGGUUAGAGCUUUGAGGGACUUGACUAUGCGAAUUGAUUCCGCUCUUGCCAAACACCUGGAACGAGAGGGCGUGGAAUUCAUGCAAUUCAGCUUCCGAUGGAUGAAUUGUUUGCUCAUGCGGGAAAUGAACAUCAGAAAUACGAUAAGGAUGUGGGACACUUAUAUGGCCGAGGAGCAGGGCUUCUCACGAUUUCACCUUUACGUCUGCGCUGCAUUCCUCGUCAAAUGGACGGACCAAUUGGUAAAGAUGGAUUUCCAGGAGACCAUGAUGUUCCUCCAAGCACUACCUACAAGGGAUUGGACUGAGAAAGAUAUCGAGCUUCUACUGAGUGAGGCAUUUAUCUGGCAGAGCCUAUUCCAGGACUCCCGUGCGCACCUUCGGUCUGCUGGCGAUGAGCCUCCUGAAAAUGGUAUAUUUUAA